UACUGAAGCUUGAGUUCCUGCCAUGAUGUCAAAGGGAGAGAAGCUUACAGCUUGUUAAUUUCCUCUCCCAGUCAGACCCAGGGGGAAAGAGAUUCAUCCCAAACAGUUGUCUCUCCCUGUGGUCAUGACGGCUUCUUCGCACAGUGACUCUCUGGUGGUCUUGUUUGGGGCAACAGCUGGUGCAUAUGGGGCUAAGCUGGGUUCCGAUGAGCGGGAACUAAUUCUCUUGGUGUGGCAAGUUGUGGAUCUACACAGCAAGAAGGUAGGGACACUGCAUAAAUGCUUGGUGAAGAUAGACAACUUGGAGUUGAGUGACCAAUGUCGAGAAGUGACGGGCUUAACCCCCGAGGGACUGAGUAAAGCUGAGCCGUUGGACCGGGUUCUACAACAGUUCAGCCAGCUGGUAUCCAGUGAUCUGAAGGCACUAGGAAGAAGUUCUUACACAUUCUGCACAGAUGGCCAGUUACUCAUUCGGCAGGUCCUUCAUCCAGAGGCCUCAAAAAAGAAUCUCCUGUUGUCUGAUUGCUUUUAUUCCUUUUUUGAUCUACGGAAAGAAUUUCACAACUGCUACCCUAACUCAGCCUCCGUGAAGGAUCAAACUAUCCAGUCCAUGGCUGAAUGUAUUGGCUUCAGGAUAGAUGAAACGGAAGAGGAUUUUGGGGUAUGGCAAGUGAAAGCCAUGGUGGCCAUAAUUUUCAACAUGCUUUCAGAUACACGUGGUGCAGUUCACGCAUUUACUGACCCAGAGACUGUGAAAUAUAAGUAUGAAACUGGACCCUGUAGUAAAUCAGAAACAGUAGACAGUGAAACUGUAAUACGUGCCAGAGGACUCCCUUGGCAAUCUUCCGACCAGGACAUUGCUCGAUUUUUCAAAGGACUUAAUAUUGCCAAAGGUGGUGUGGCUCUGUGUCUGAAUGCCCAAGGAAGGCGGAAUGGGGAAGCCCUAGUCCGAUUUGUCAACUCUGAACAGAGGGACUUGGCUCUCGAGAGACACAAGCACCACAUGGGGAGCAGGUACAUAGAGGUUUACAAAGCAACUGGAGAAGAGUUUCUAAAGAUUGCUGGAGGUACCUCCAAUGAAGUAGCCCAGUUCCUCUCCAAGGAGAACCAGGUGAUCAUCCGGAUGCGGGGGCUUCCGUUCACAGCCACCCCUGAGGACGUCUUGGGCUUCCUUGGGCCCCAGUGCCCUGUCACCGGCGGGAAGGAGGGGCUUCUCUUCGUCAAGUAUCCAGAUGGCCGGCCCACGGGCGAUGCUUUUGUCCUGUUUGCCUGUGAAGAGUAUGCACAGAAUGCACUUAAGAAGCACAAGGAGAUCCUUGGCAAGCGCUACAUCGAACUCUUCAGAAGCACAGCUGCGGAAGUCCAGCAGGUCCUUAACAGAUAUAUGUCAACGCCUUUGAUCUCCACGCUCCCAACUCCCAUAAUUCCCGUCAUACCACCUCCUUACACUAUUGCUCCUGGAAGCGUGCGAGAUUGUGUCCGGCUCCGAGGCCUGCCAUACACUGCCAGAAUCGAUGACAUCCUGGAGUUCAUGGGAGAUGCAACCGCAGAUAUCAAGCCACACGGAGUCCACAUGGUCCUUAAUCAGCAAGGCCGGCCUUCCGGUGAUGCUUUUAUCCAGAUGAAAUCUUCGGACCGGGCUUUCCUAGUGGCUCAGAAGUGUCACAAGAAGAUGAUGAAGGACCGCUACGUGGAAGUCUUCCAGUGUUCAGGAGAGGAGAUGAAUUUUGUUUUAAUGGGUGGCACUUUAAAUCGUAGUGGCUUGUCUCCGCCCCCGUGUAAGUUACCAUGUCUCUCACCUCCAGCCUAUGCUGCUUUCCAGACGGCCGCAGGAGCCGUGAUCCCAGCAGAAGCGGCAAUAUACCAGUCGCAAGCGCUCUUACCUUCCAGCAGGACCCAACAGGCUUCCGCAGCUGCUGCUGCCGUCGCUGCUGCUGCUGCCGCCGCCACUCCAGCUGUUACUUAUUACCCAGCUCAGGCUGCUCAACUUUAUAUGAAUUACACAGCUUAUUACCCCAGCCCUCCGGUGUCCCCUACCACAGUGGGAUACAUUACAGCUCCUCCAGCAGCAGUGGCAGCCGCCGCCUCGGCCUCGCACACUCCAAUGCUGCCCCAGCCUGGCGCUCUUGUCCGGAUGCAGGGAUUGCCGUACAAUGCAGGCAUGAAGGAAAUUCUCAGUUUCUUCCAGGGCUAUCAGUAUGCCCCCGAUGACUACAGUGGCUUCGUUCAGCUCAACGACCAAGCCAGGAGUGUGUUACAAGCGCCGAAAGAGUGGGUCUGUUUGUAACUAUUUGUAACCUCCAACGAAGCUCCACGCAGAUUCGAUCCUUCUGCUUUACAACUUCAGUGGGCAGCCCAGCGGAGAGGCCUUGGUCACCUUCCCCAGCCUGGACUCGGCGAAGAAAGCUGUGGCCGAGAGGAGCGGAAAUCUCUUGGGCGGCCACUGUGUAGAACUCUGCCUGAUCUAACCAACAGACUCCUUUAAGGGGGGGUGACUAAAAAUUGGUGCCUUUUAGGAAGAAGUCUUCCCCCACCAAAGUGCCUUCUCCCCCUGAUGCAAUGGGACAAAUAUCCUUAUAAAUGGCUUCAAGUGGAGGGGGGAAUACACCAGAACACCACCAUCCUCCACACACACCCUCCAGAGAACUAACGUUGUAGUGCUAGAGUGCUUGAUUUUAAGAUGGUUGCUCUAAAAAUCCCCACCCAUUGAAUUGGGGCACAAUGGGACUGCACUUCAGCAGAGGUGCCCAUGAGGGCCUGCUGCUAUCAUCAUUAUUUUUAAUUUUAUGUAUCAAUUUGGAGUGGAAGCCGAAACCGACAUUUCCUUCAAAUUUUCAAUUUGCUUUGAAACCAGUCUUGCCAAAAGGGCUCUCUUUUUAGAGGGGGGGGGGAUGCCCCUGGAAGUCGCCAUUCUUUCUCUCUCGAACUUGGCCUGGCAAAUCGUAUUAAUAUUUUUGUUACUUCCCAGAGCUGAAGAGCAGCUUGAAAAGCUGCAUCCAAAUGGAGCGAGGGGGAAGCUUUUCCUAUUUUUUUUUUAAUAAAAAUUUCUUUGCGGGGUACAAUGCAAGUAAAUAAAGCCAUAUCUGUCUCCAAAUAUUCAGACUGCCAAUCUGUGAGUCAAACCAAACAAAAAAAAAGUUCAGAAUUUUAAAACUCUCACUAGGACAAGAAUGGCACAUAAACUCUGAGGACUAGUAAAUUAUAUAUUUUGUUUUAUUUAAGCAUCAUAGCGCUCAGAUACUAUGUUAAAAAACUUUUUUGCUCUAGUCUAUGUGCAUGCCAUUUGUUUACAAUAUUAAACUAUACUUUAUUUGUAUAUUAUGAAGCCACAAGGCAACCCUAAGUCCAAGCUAGUGCAUGGUUUGUUUGUUUGUGUGUGUAUGUAUAUACAUGUCCAAAGAAUUUAGUUUUUAUGUUGUGUAGUGCGUGUGCUGAAACAUCUAUUGUAGAAGCACUAGAUGAUUUUGUUUUUACUGUGCCUUUUGAUGCAAGAUUUUCUCAAAUGUGCAAUAACAGCAGAGGAAACCAGAAAGGAGCCUGUUUUCGCAAGAGGCUCUCAGGUACCUGUGAACACAGGGAAUUUUUUUUUUUGUUGGAGUGUGCAAACUCUUAGUACUUAAAAUGGAAUCGCCGCCACUUCCUCCCCCUUUCCAAAUGAUGAUGUAUGCUUCUUAUAUAACAAGAAAUAAAACAAGAUGCUUGAAG